AUGGUUUCAAUAAUGGAUGUAGAAACAAAUAGGCAGGUCUGUGAUAAUCGUAUUAUACUAUCGCAAAGUGCAGUCACCCAAAAGUCGAUCGAUCUCGAUAUCUCACCGACAGCAGACAGCAGAGAUAAAACUAGCUUAGCAUCGUCGGUAGUAGAUACCAGUACUUUCAGUACCAGCAUUCUGCACCACCAACAACAGGGGCCUUGUUCGUCUUCAGCGACCCACCAUCGAAACGCUCUUGAUACCGACUUAGCCAAGAGAAGCAUGAAAUUAAAUUUGGUGGACAGUUCGGCUAUUAGAUCAAAAAUCAGUGUAGCAUCUCCGAGUACAAGUGCAAGCGCUAGUACGAAUAUUCCUCAUUCUACGACGUCUACAUCCGUUGUCACGUCGACUACCACUGCUAUUAUCAUGAAGCAUCGUAAAUUGAAGGAACGUACUUUUAGUGACGAAGUUGGAUCACCGAAAUCGCCUGCUUCAACAACAGAAGUCGUCGAUGAUCGGAAGGCAUUGAGAGAUGCUCUGUACCAAGGUAUUUUCCAUCGUCACCGUCGUACAAUCUUUGCUGUUGGGAGCUUUCUGAGAAUGUUGAAGAGUCGUAACUCAUCAUACAACACAAUCCGCAGUUCAUCGGAAGGCGAAGAUGAUACCAAAUAA